AUGCUUAUAUGGUCUAGUAAGAAAAAUCAUCGAUUUUCGAAAUCAAAGACAAAAACAAAUUCAAAUUCAAAUUCAAAUACAAAUACAGAUAUAAACUCAAACGCAAGAAUAAACCCAUUAAGCAAAUUACGAAAGAUGCGGCGAUCGAGAGGAAUCUUAUUAUUCAUCACCAUAAUAAUACUUCACAUUCUUAUACUUCUGCUCGUCAAGCACAAGCCAAUCCACCAAUAUAUAGCGGAAAAUACUAAAAUCCCACCAAAGCUACGAAACUUUGUCCUCCUAGCAACAUCUGCAGGACUACCCAAAAAGAAUGACAUGGCUGACUUUGACUAUAAACUAGAGGAAUAUCUCCAAAAGAAGACGCAAACUAGACUUGGAGCAAGCUUAGAAGAAGGCGGAAUCCUGCGAAAGCAAGUAAAAGAUAUCGAGGCAGCCAUAGCGUAUCGCGAUUUCAGCAACCAUAACGACAACUUUGUUGAAAUUACAAUCCCGCAAAGAAAUGAAUUGCCAGAACUUCAUCAAUAUGACCCCCGCUAUACAUUUGGACUUUUGCUCAAGUACAUCAAUGAUAAAGUCGAUGUCACAAAUGCUGAUUCAUUGAAAAAUACACUCUUACCAACAUUCCAUUGGUCUGACUACACAGACAUGUCCAUUUUAGACUCACAUUUCCUCAGCUUAGAAAAGGAAACUUGCAAGAAAUUCGAUGUCACCAAAAAGAGUGCAAACUUGAAUGCUCAAAACGACUUGUUCCACACCGAAACGUACUGUAUAGAUGACGAUCAAUUGGACCAGAUUUUAGCAGAGUCACAUAAAUAUGAUGAGUAUUUUAUUGCCAGAGUGCGUGAAUUGGCAAGCAAGGCUUGGAAAAAAGAUUUGAAAGAGGAUACGAAAAAGAGACUGCUGUCGUUGUUAUCGUUACUGUCUUUCCCUUCUUUGCUGUUGCAGCUGGCUUCUCAACGUAAGCAGGAGUCUGGGCAAGAGCUCAGCAGCAAGCGCAAGUUGCAACCUCAACUUUCAACUGGAUUCCAUAUCUUUAGUUUCUCUGGGAGAAACAGAAAAGCAUUGAGACCGCUCAUUGCUAGAUCUUACCUCAAUGAUUUCAUGAAAGCCCCAUUAACCAUGACUUUCCUCUUACCAAAUGACAAGUCGUUUCAAGUUAAUGUAAACCAGCAGAGACGAGACAAGUUACAAGAUUCAGAAUUAUACCAAGCAGGUAGUGUCAACUUAAAGGAUGAGAUUUUGAAGUUAUCAAAUAAACUAAGCUCAGACUUUUCUACAUUGCCAUAUGAGAAGGAAUUGAAGCACGAGAUGUUUACCGAUAACACUCCAAAUAAAAUCCAAUCUUUGGAGAAUCAAGAAGUCUUGAACCAAACAGAUAACAAUUACCUCAACUCGCUCAAAACAAGUCUUGUGAUGACGGAUCCGCCGAAAUAUUUUAGGGAAGCGAACAUUAUCAAACUGGAGCGGAAUUUUGCAAUUGGUGCUCAUUACGACUGGAGGUUUUUCAAUGGGAUAGUCAAUGGCACACCAAAACAAGGAAUUGCCAUUAACGGAUUGGUACGUGCAUUUAUGAAGUUGACAAACCAAUAUAAUUUAAACACAUGGGUCGCGCAUGGCUCUUUGCUCUCAUGGUAUUGGAAUGGUUUACAAUUUCCAUGGGAUGGUGACGUUGAUGUGCAAAUGCCAAUCAAUGACUUGCACAAAUUAUCGCAGUUGUUUAAUCAAACAGUUGUUGUCGAUUUGGGAAAUAGCAUGGAUGAGGAAAUUAGAUAUGGACGGUACUUUUUGGACCUGUCAACAUUCAUUUCUCAAAGAGUUAGGGGUAAUGGUAAAAACAAUAUUGACGCACGUUUUAUUGACUUGGACACUGGGUUGUAUAUUGAUAUUACUGGAUUAGCAGUGAGUAAUUCUAGAGCACCAGCAAGAUACACGAAGGAUCUUCAAGGAACAAAGAUGGAUAUCAGAGAUGGGAAACUGGGAGUUACAGAAAUUGAGCGGAACUCGUUUAUGCAAGUUUACAAUUGCAGAAAUUACCAUUUCACUCCAUUGAAAAAUUUGUCGCCAUUAAGACUCAGUCUUGUUGAAGGUGAAUAUGGUUAUAUCCCACUGGGCUACGAUUCAAUGGUUUCCAUCGAAUACGGUGAUAAAUCCAUGCGUGAUACAACAUAUCGUGACCAUGUUUUUCUUCCAAAGCUUCGCAUGUGGGUCUCGAAAAAAGCUAUUGUUGAUUUUGUUUACAAGGAUGAUGACGAAGCCAAGAAAACGCAAUCGAGAACCAAGAUCCCACUCAAGAUUGAUAUGACCGAUGAAGAAUAUAGCGAGUUUUUGACGCAGAACCCAUUGGUAUUACGUGAUUACUUGGCCAUGAGUAAUGUUACACAAGUGCAUUAUAAUGAAUUGGUUCGCGAGUACUACGAUCAAGAGGUUCAAUCCAUUUUCUACUAUGAAGAUGGCACUAUGAGACCCAGCAUGAGAAAAACAUUGAGACCUGACCUUUUCACGUUUCUUGCGAAAGAAUCCAAUAGUGACUAUAAAAUUGAUCUUGAGCAUUAUCAUCAACUAUUGGUGAAAUAUGAGGAGAGGUUGCAAACAACAAUUGGCAGUGCAGCGGAUGCAGGUAGUGAUCCUUUGAAAAAGGAAGAUAUAGAAACAGUUGCCAAACCUAUGAAAGAAAAUGCAUUUGAAAUGAAUGGUGUUUCAAUGCAAGGAAAAAGUGAAGGGAAGCAAGAUUCUCCAGUAGAGCAAUUUAAAGAAGCUAAAGAGGUUAAGGCGGCUCAACCAGGAAAGGAAGAAUUACCUGACAUUGAAGAUUCUCAAGCGCCCCAAUUGUUGCAACAAAAAGUAAAACCCGUUGAAGAAGGACCUAGGGGUCUCAUUAUUGCAUAG